AUGUUUUUCUACUCCGGCCUUCGUUGCUGCUUCGCCGCGAUGGCGGUGGAUGCGGCGCGUCGUUACGCGGCAGAGCACCAUGAUGAGAGGGAAGAUCACGCAGCCGACACGGCGUUGUGGCUUGACGACACCGCUGCUGAGCGGCGGGCGAUGGAAGAACACAUCCGCAGCCCCGCAUACAAGGAGUUGCACCGCCCGGCACUAACCAACGCGGCAAUGGGGCUCUACGGCGGCGAGCCCGGCUUUGAAAAGGCACAUCGUGUGUGGGUUGACCCGGACAGACCACACAUGAAGCAUAUCUACAAUCAGACGGCCCUUGCGAAGAAUCUUCGCUACGCCCGCUACGGUUACUUUAAGCGCGACAUGCACAUUCUUGACAUUGACAAGCUCGUCCGUCAUGCACGUAUGCUCCCAACACCGGGUCGUCUUCUGACGGACUUUUUGUAUCAGCGUGUGCCACUACCUGACAAAAGUUGCGCUGCCCUUAUCCGCUUUCAGCGCCAACAGAUUGAGAUGUUGGAGGAGUGGGAACGACACGCGAGCUUUCAGUGUGCUGCCGAGAUGUUUGAGCGUUUGAUUGUAACAAAUAUCCCUCCAGUGGAGGUGGGCGUGGAGACACACGCGGAGAUGGUGCUCUGUGCAGCCGCAAGCGGCAAGUGGGAGGAGGGAUGGGAAGUGUAUACGCUUCGGGCGCGCGAGAUGGAGGCAGAAUCUCCCGGUUCCUUUACCCUUAACACGUACUUUUUUGAUGCCGUCCUGACGCUCUGUGUUGCGGCUUCUCGUGUGGAUGAGGGCAUCUCGAUUAUGGAGGAAGUCAUCACGCGGAACUUGCGGCCGCGUGCAACCAUGUUAGAUAAGGCCAUGCUCUUGUGUGCGAUGGGUGCCGAAAGCAUAUCUAAGAGGGAGGAAACGGAAGGCGGCACUGAGCAACAGCUACAGUUGGAGCGGAAGAAAUUUGAGCAACGCGGCCUUGAGCUUUGGGCUCUCUUUGAUUUUUACCAACUUCCACGUUCAACGGCGUCUGUUUUGUCGUACAUGCGUAUGUGCUGCGCCCUGGAGAAACCGACACUUGUGCUGGAGGCACAGAGUUUUGCAGAUACGGCUGGUAUCCUUCUCUCUUUGGAAUGCUUUUACUGGUUGGUUUACGCCCUUCGCGGAGUUACUGACUUUGGCGAUUACAUUAUGGAUGUGUUUUCACAGUUAACCCCGCGUGGUCUUACACCGGAUUUUGUUCUCUUUACUUUGGCGUUUAUGCACUGCGCGUUGCAGCGGGAUGGAGAAUUGGCACUUGCCGUUUACGACCAGCAUUUUAUUCACAUGAAUAUAAAUCCCACUCCAGAGAUGACACUUCUUUUUAUUCAGUCAUGUGCUCAUUGCGAGGAACCGCGUGUAGCGAUGCUGGAGCGCUGCGAGAAGAUGUUACUUCGUCUUGAAGAGGUGGGAAGUAGUGUUGACUACAUUGUCCUGAUUUACGAUCAGUUUCUUGAGCUGUGCGGCCAUUUGGGGGCGGUGGCUUCGGGAUUUAGUAUGUUGAAGAAGCUUGUGGGUUUGGGCAAGCCUCUCACAACACGGAUGCUGAACUCCUUGCUGCUGGCCAAUGCGUACGCCACGCCGCCAAAUGGGUCAAUUGCCAUGACGGAGGAAAUUGUGAGGCUAUUCUCUCUUCUAAAGCUGCCACCCAACAAGGACACCAGCAUUUGUCUCGGGUUUUGCAUUGAGACUUUUGGGGACUCACCGUCCUUGAAUGCCUUCAGCGCUAUCGUACAUGCAAAAUGUGAGUCUGACGAUGACGCCUCUUUAUACGAUGAAGAUAUUCCCAUAUUACAAGUACCGCCAAACGAACUUCGUCAGUUGCGUACCGAGUGGAAGCUUCGACCUCGUGACAUGGUGUUGCGCCGUUUUGGACAGCACACGAAGUUUAAGGGAAAAGAAGCUUUGGAUGUGGGCAGCAUGCAUGGCAGCGUCGUCCCUUUUGGCCGCACACCCGGAGAGCGGCUCGUUUAA